AAAGUCAUCCUACAUUCUUUAGGAUUACACAUUACACGAGCUACAAAAUGGAAGACACAGUUACAAAACUACCCGAACCCAAAAAUGUUACAUUCCAGAGACCCGUUAAACUGGAUGAGGCUCUCUUGAUGACGAGAUUUGGUAUCUACAACCUCUGUCUGAUUGCGAUUUCGGGUACCAUCUUAGCGGCAGUGCUUUUGGAAACAUUAGGAAUCAGCUACGUAUUGCCGGUUGCCGAAUGUGAUCUGCUGCUGACGACCAAAGAAAAGGGUGUUCUUAGUGCGAUUUCUUUUGCUGGAAUUAUCAGCAGUUCCCAUCUAUGGGGGUUUCUAGCCGACACGCAGGGGAGAAGAGCGGUGAUACUGCCCACACUGUUUCUGGCUUUCACCUCCACCGUAGUGUCUAGUUUCACUACUAGCUUUUGGCUCAUCACCACGAUGCGCUUUUUGACCGGAUUUUUCAUUUCUGGUUCGUCAGCUACUAUCUACGCAUAUUUGGGAGAAUUUCACGCCAAAAGGAACAGCUCCCGCGCUAUUAUGGGAGCGUCUUUCGUAUUCGGUGUCGGUUGCAUUCUGUUACCACUAAUCGCCUGGUCUGUUAUUAACCAGGAGUGGGAAUUUACGAUUCCAUUACUUGACGUAGUUUAUCGACCAUGGCGAUUGUUUUUGGUUGUUUGCGGGUUACCGAGCCUGGUGUGCGGACUAGCACUGUUGUACUUUCCGGAAAGUCCCAAGUUCCUCUUUUCGCGAGAAAAAGAACAAGAAACACUCAGCAUCGUGCACAAAAUGUACCUCUGGAAUACCCGUGGAAAGGCACCAAAACUGAUGCUAACCUCACUACUGCAGGAAACGGAGGCGCAACAGACAAAAAUUCGUCGCGAAGAGGCGGCGAAUAGUAAAAGUGCACUAAAGGUGCUGAAACAAAUGUGGCAUCAGACGGCCCCAUUGUUCAUGGGAUCGUACUUGAAGCGAACAACAAUCAUUUGCGUGUUGCAGUUCGGAAUUUACCUCACCUCAAAUGGAAUGUAUAUGUUCUUUCCGGAUAUACUAAAUCGGAUGGCUGAGCUGGAGGAUGCUGGUAUUGAAAGAACUACCGUUUGCAAUGCAGUCUACGCAACCCGUAUCGAUAUGGAGAGCUUGGAGAAAGUUAAUCACACCUCACAAAUACCGGAAGCAUGUCACCAGAAGCUGGACAUCUCUGCCUACGAGCAUUCGUUCGUUUUAGAAACGAUUUAUGCGUUAGGGUUUGCUGUAAUAGGACUCGUUGUGAAUGCGGUUGGAAGACUUCCUAUUUUGUUGUUCGUUUUCGGCGUUUGUGGAAUUAGUGGCAUUUUAAUCGUGUACAUCGAUUUACCACUGUUGGCCAUUUGGUUUUAUCUAAUACUGCUAACUUGUGGCUUCUGCAUCAGCGUAGUUAAUGCUUGCACGGUCGACUUGUUUCCUACAAAUUUACGAGCUAUGGCUGUGUGCAUAUCACUCAUGUUCGGACGCCUCGGAAGCGUAGUCGGUGCCAACAUUGUGGGCAUUCUGCUAGAUUCGCAUUGCGAAUUAACAUUCUGGAUUUCUGGCGUAUCGCUUAUCGCAUGCGCUGUACUUUCGUUCUUCAUACCUAACAUCUACAGCCGGAGCGUGUCGGAAGGAGGAAGGAUCAGCAUUUCGUCACGAUGA